CCACCAAACAACCUUUUAACCAAACAAGCCAAGCCACAAAGAAAGAAAAAACAGAAAGAAAGCAAUAAUGUCUAAUUCCAUAGAAACACAACCACCACCAUGGCUACUAGAAAACGGGACUAUCAAGACACUAACAAGAGAGUCAAGAAACGGCCAUGGCCACAGCCGAACUGCCCACAACAUGUCAUCAUCUUCCCUGCGUAAAAAGUCCGAUAUGCCCUUUCUUUCUAAAAUUCCAUUCCAAUUUCUUAGAAAUAUUUUUGCCAGUUUUCAUCAAGUCAUUUUGGGUACUAAAUUGUCACUCCUGUUUAUUGCUGUUCCGAUUUCCGUCGCUGCUCACUAUUUCCAUCUCCCACGGCCGUGGAUAUUUUCGUUGAGCUUACUUGGACUGAUUCCGCUUGCCGAGCGUGUUAGUUUUUUGACUGAGCAAAUUUCAUUCUUCACAGGUGCAACAGUUGGAGGGCUAUUAAAUGCGACAUGUGGAAAUGCGACGGAACUAAUAAUUGCAAUAUUUGCAUUGAUAGAGAACAAAGUGGAUGUUGUAAAGUACUCUCUUUUGGGUUCUAUUCUCUCCAACUUACUUUUGGUUCUUGGAACUUCUCUUCUAUGUGGAGGUCUUGCAAAUAUUUCACGGGAGCAAAAGUUUGAUAGGAAACAAUCCGAUGUGAAUAUAUCUCUAUUGCUAAUGGCCUUACUGUGCAAUGCAAUGCCUUUGCUGUAUAAACAUGCUGCUGCAAAUGAUCACCGUCCAGCUGCUGAUGUGUUUGAUACUGAAAAAGCAACACUAAGCUUGUCGAGAGUUGCUAGCAUUUUUAUGCUACUUGCUUACUUGGCUUACCUUGCCUUCCAACUAUGGACUCACAACGAUAUCUUUGAAUCACCCGAGGAAGAGGUUGAGGAUAACUUGGAUGCAAGGGAAGAAGAAGAAGAAGAAAGUGCUGUGAUAGGGCUUUGGAGUGGGAUCAUUUGGUUAACUGGAAUGACAGCUGUCAUUGCAUUGUUGUCUGAGUAUUUAGUUGACACUAUCGAGGCAGCCUCUGCUUCAUGGGGAAUGUCAUUGAGCUUCAUUAGCAUCAUCUUACUACCAAUAGUAGGAAAUGCAGCUGAGCAUGCCGGAGCCAUCAUUUUCGCUUGUAAGAACAAGCUGGAUAUAACUUUGGGUGUAGCACUUGGUUCUGCGACUCAAAUUGCUGUCUUUGUGGUGCCAUUGAGUGUAAUUAUUGGCUGGAUACUUAGUGUCGACAUGGAUCUCAAUUUCAAUCUUCUUGAAACUGGAUCACUUUCUAUGGCAAUCUUAGUCACAGCCUUUACAUUGCAGGACGGAACUUCUCACUACCUUAAAGGAGUGGUUCUUUUGCUAUGCUACAUUGUUAUAGGGGCAAGUGUUUUCAUUGUCGAUUUACCAACCGAUUAUGGGAAUAAUAAUUCUGGCGUUGGACUCCAUACAUCAAACCAACAAAUCUUUAGAGUCUGAAGGGCAGCUGGGCUGGUAUCUGUUGAUAUGGAAUGACUGAAUUUUAGAUGGAAACACUACAGUCUACAGGGUCAAGUAGUUAGAGUAAUAGAUCAAUGUACAGGCAUGAAGAUAAGGAUGCAUUUGUUAUUCUUUGAAUGGGCUAACUCAAAAUCUCAUUUGUUAUAGUAAUCUAGAGCUUCUACCUUACAAGUUCUGAUGUUGCACAGAUGGUCAUCUAUGUCUUUGGCUGCAUCGGCUUCUUCAUUGUUCUUAUAGUGAGUUACUUUCGUAGCUGUUGUACUUGUUUUGUAUCAAACAACCAUGUUGUUCUGGAAAAUCCCAAAAUCUCAACUGAGCUUUCAAAGUUUAUUAUCUACAUUGUUGGGUAGUUUUCCAAAACAGGAAAGGAUUCGGUACCAGGGGAAGAGUACAGUUGUAAGAAUUUUAGUUGAUUUUGUUUUUUCUUUGUCUUCCAUUCCUAGUUAUUUGCUGAGCAUAUGAGUAGGUGAAUGCAAUAACACAAUGUACAAUAAAUAAAGGCUACUUUAGGUUGCAAUGUAAAUCUAACUGCACUUCAUUUCGUAUAUUUGAUCAAUGUUUCUUGGAAUUAA